GGAGCAAUUUGCACGAGAUGAACUGAGAAAGAUUAAAGAAAUGGAAGAAAAGCAACGGUUAGAAAUGGAGAAAGAAAAGCAAGGAAAACUGGAAGAACAAAAAUUGGAACAACAACGCAUCGAGAGAAUGAAAAUUGAAGAACAAAGAAAACAGGAAGAGGAGGAAUACCGUCAACAACAAGAAAUCUUGAGAUCUCAAAAUGAGUAUGAAGAAGCAAUCAAACGUCAACGAAAUGAAGAACUGAAACAAGAGGAACUGGAUGGGGAAAUUGCAAGAAGACUAGCAAGAGAAGACUCUACUUUACAAAUGGUGGAAAAUAAUGCCUCCAAGAAAGAGAAAAGUAUUGGCACUUCUAAAUGUGAUCUGACAAAGUACAGAUAUGUCGAGCUUCGCGAUAUCAUCAAUACUUCUACUGAUACGGAUUUAUUGCAUGCUUGCAAAGAAGAAUUCCAUAGGCGUUUACAAAUUUAUCAGCAGUGGAAAGAGCUAAAUGAGAACAGUAUCAUUCAGCGACAGACAAGUCGUAUACCGAUGGCAGCACUUUCUUCAAGCAGCAAAGGUUUCUCUUCGCAUUUCUCGCAGAAUAAUAUCACUCUUCAACGAUAUUUCAAAGUACCCUUCGCAAAACCUGCUCACAGACAUAUGAAUAUGCACGAUAUAACGGAAGUAGCAACUUCACAUGGUAUGUGGUAUGCCCACUUCGAUGGACAAUGGAUUGCCCGUCAGAUGGAGUUACAUCCGAAUAAAAAACCUGUAUUGCUUUUAGCUGGUCGAGAUGAUUUGGAAAUGUGUGAGCUGUCUCUUGAUGCAACACAGUUGACAAGAAAAAAAGGUGCGGAGAUAACAGCCGUUGAAUUUGAAACACUGUGGUAUCAGUGCGGUGGGUCGGAAUAUCGUAUGCGUUCUCAACAUGAAAAAAACUGA